UGUCUAAACAACGAAAACAAGAGGUUGUGUGUACCGCUUAAAAAAAACACACACACACAAACAACUAAGACAUCAGCUUAAAGUGCGUCUGUCAUAUUUACGCCGCAUUUAAAUAUUAAACUCGUAUCAAAUAAAUAAUCAAAAGGCAGCUAGCUAUACAUUGUUCGUCUUAAAAAAUAAUAACUAUCAAAGUUCAGCGUUUAAGUUCAUAUUCUUUUAAAUCAAGAUAACAACACACAUGCAUACUAAAUAAAUAAACAACAAUAAGAGAAUAUUAAAUAAAUCAAAACAAAAAAAAAAUGUUUUAUAAUAUAGAAAAUUUAAGACAAUUUUUAAAAAAUUUUAAAUGUUUAACAUGUUUGUUUUUAAUUGCAUGCAUAAAUUUAAACAAUAUUUAUGAUGUUAAUGCACAAAGUAGCUGCUCAAAUCCCAACCGUAAAUCGGGUUUAUGUGUUUCGAUCUACCAGUGCAACAGUCUAUUGAGUGUAAUACAAAAAUUCCCCAUCUCACCACAGGAAUUGCAAUUUUUGCGUGAAUCUCAAUGUACAGAUGGUCACGGCAAUCCACCAUAUGUCUGCUGUACAGCAGAUAAAAACUAUUCUCAACCACCAACUACUACGGCUACGAUAGUGGAGCAAACAACUCCAACGGUGACAGUAACAAAAACUGCCUCACCAAGUAAUGGUAUGGGUAAUGUUUUGCCAGAACCACCACGUUGUGGUCCAGAUCCUUUAGAUGGUAAAAUUUACAAUGGCAUUGACACUGCCAUAGAUCAAUAUCCUUGGAUGGUUUUGUUGGAAUACAGUAAUUCAAAAGAUGGUCAACCGGUUUUAAAUUGUGGUGGUAGUUUAAUAAAUCAACGUUAUAUUCUAACUGCUGCCCAUUGUGUUAAAGGUGAAAUUGAAACAGCAGUUGGUCCUCUCACUCGCAUACGUUUGGGUGAAUAUGACAUUAGCACUGAAAUUGAUUGCAUUGAAUCUGAUUGCAAUAAUAAAGUUCUUGAAUUGGGUUUUGAAGAAGUUAUACCUCAUCCACAGUAUGAUGAUAAGAAUUCCAAUCGUUAUCAUGAUAUUGCUCUUAUACGUUUGGAUCAAGAUGUGGAAUAUAAUGAUUUUAUACGUCCUGUAUGUCUACCGCUGCCAACUACUAAACAGGAUAUCCAUACAGGAGCUUUAUUAACGGUGGCCGGUUGGGGUAGAACUUUAUUGGCCCGUCAAUCGAAUGUUAAAAAACAACUAGAUAUUCCUGUUAACGAUCAUAGUGCUUGUGUACAGAAAUUUGCCACUAGGAAAAUUAAUAUUGGUCCAACACAAUUGUGUGCUGGUGGUGAGUUUGCCAAAGAUAGUUGUGAUGGUGACUCUGGUGGACCUUUGAUGCGUAAGGCUUUUAUGAAACGUUGGUAUUUGGAGGGUAUUGUUUCGUUUGGCAAUCGUUGUGGUCUUGAAGGUUGGCCUGGUGUUUAUACUCGUGUUUCAGAUUACACUGACUGGAUACAAAGCAGUUUAAAACCUUAGAAUUUGUUUAAACUAACAAAUAACCAUAAAUGGAAUUGGCAACGAUUACUUUAUUAAGUUACAUUUACCUUUUAAAUUUUAUAUGAAAUCAAAUUUGAAAUUGUUGUAUUUUUAUAUAUUAAACGAUUUAUGCUUUUUUUAAA